AUGGUGGUUACAGUGUAUGGUGGUUACAGUGGUUACAGUGGUUAUGGUGGUUACAGUGGUUACAGUGGUUAUGGUGGUUACGGUGGUUACAGUGGUUACGGUGGUUACGGUGGUUACAGUGGUUACAGUGGUUACAGUGGUUACAGUGGUUAUGGUGGUUACAGUGGUUACGGUGGUUACAGUGGUUAUGGUGGUUACGGUGGUUACAGUGGUUAUGGUGGUUACGGUGGUUACAGUGGUUACGGUGGUUACAGUGGUUAUGGUGGUUACGGUGGUUACGGUGGUUACAGUGGUUACAGUGGUUACAGUGGUUAUGGUGGUUACGGUGGUUACGGUGGUUACAGUGGUUACAGUGGUUAUGGUGCAGGAGAGAGGGCAACCCAGCAGGAAUGA